CCAUGUUCAACGUGGAAGAAGGAAAUCGUGUCUUUGCAUUUGCAUCUAAGAUAUAGGGAAACCUAAUCUAAUAGGGAAAACCUAUACCAAGACAAAAAGGAAAAGAUGCCCUGAACAAUGUCGACAUGAUGCUGAUGUCGGGAGUGCUGAAUUGACAUGUUGGGGCUUCACAUUUUCGAGCUCUUGGCCUCGUUUUACUCCCUAGUCGGCAGUGUCACCACGCUGGGGCGUUUACUAAACCCGCGGACUUACCUGAGAGUUUCCAGAGGCAACGUUCCAGCGGGUGGUAGAUUCCAUCUUGUCGGUCUUGGGUAUAGGUUGGAGGCUUAGUAGGCAAAGGAUACUCGUAGAAUAGUAGGAUCUGAAUUGAGAAUCUGAGAGAUGCUAAUCUAUAGACACGCAACAAGCCCCUGUUUAUA